GUACACGUCUUCCGGGACGUGGAUUUCUUGAGAGCUGUUUCUCGGCCUUUGACGCCUGGGACUUGGGGUUUUGCCUCCUUUUCUUUCCUUUUUUCCCUUUUGCAGCCUCGACAAUAGACCCCAGAUGUUAGUCGAGUCACGUCCCGCCGCCCUUUGCCCUUGAAAUACUCGCAAGGACGCGGACCCGCGAUCGUCACGUGACGCCGGAAUUCGGCGUCUCCUUGCCGGGCAGCGAACGGUCUUAGAGACCAAUACCGCUUGCUGUACCAUGAAUGUGAUCUACCCACUGGCGGUGCCCAAGGGGCGCAGGCUCUGCUGUGAGGUGUGCGAAGCCCCAGCCGAGCGGGUGUGCGCCGCCUGUACAGUCACGUAUUACUGUGGGGUGGUACAUCAGAAAGCUGACUGGGACAGCAUCCAUGAGAAGAUAUGUCAGCUCUUGAUUCCACUGCGCACUUCCAUGCCCUUCUACAAUUCAGAGGAAGAACGGCAGCAUGGCCUGCAGCAGCUGCAGCAGCGGCAGAAGUAUUUGAUUGAAUUCUGCUACACUGUAGCCCAGAAAUACCUCUUUGAAGGGAAACAUGAAGAUGCCGUACCAGCAGCUUUGCAUUCCCUGCGCUUCCGUGUGAACCUGUACGGCCUGAGCUCCGUAGAGCUUGUGCCUGCUUACCUGCUGUUGGCAGAGGCCAGCCUUGGUCUGGGCCGAAUCAUUCAGGCUGAAGAAUAUCUAUUCCAAGCCCAGUGGACAGUCCUCAAAUCAACUGACUGUAGUAAUGCCACCCACUCUUUACUGCAUCGGAACCUGGGACUUCUCUACAUAGCCAAGAAAAACUAUGAAGAAGCCCGUUACCAUCUGGCCAAUGAUAUUUAUUUUGCCAGUUGUGCAUUUGGAACAGAGGACAUUAGGACUUCAGGAGGCUACUUCCACCUUGCUAAUAUAUUCUAUGACCUUAAAAAGUUGGAGCUGGCAGACACAUUGUACACCAAGGUCUCUGAGAUCUGGGAUGCAUAUUUGAACAAUCACUAUCAAGUCCUCUCACAGGCUCACACCCAACAAAUGGAUUUACUGGGCAAAUUAUUUGAGAAUGACACUGGCUUGGAUGAAGCCCAGGAAGCAGAAGCCAUUCGCAUCCUGACUUCAAUCUUGAAAAUUCGAGAAUCUACUGCUGACAAAGCUCCCCAAAAAACUAUCUUUGUUCUGAAAAUCCUGGUCAUGCUUUACUACCUGAUGAUGAAUUCUUCACAGGCGCAGGAAUAUGGCAUGAGGGCCCUCAAUCUCGCUGAAGAACAACAGCUCGAUGUCCAUGAACAAAGCACCAUUCGAGAGUUAUUAAGUCUUAUCUCAACUGAAGAUCAUCCCAAUACUUAAUGACCCAUGAGCUUUGCAUCAAGGGUUAUUCCAGGAGCUACUGAAUGUCUAAUAGAUUCCAGCCUUGCACAACUGCUUUGAGGUACUGUAGAUUGCUGGAGUUUCCACCCUCUUUCCCUGGGAUGGCACACAUAGCUGUUAUUUUUUCUUACACAGCAUAUUGAGGGGAUAUAAAGUUUUAGGUAUAGAAAUCAGUAAAAACUAUUGUUUGUCAUGACCUUUGUACUUCGUUUAUCAUGACUUUGUAUGACUGAGUAAUGUGUAGUCAUAUCGCUAAUAUGGUAUUUGUAAUUAAAUUAUAAAUAGUUUGUCAUUUUUCCAGAAGUCUCCCAGUGAUGCAUGUUUCACAGACGUUUUGCUAAAGGAGGGGUAAAGGAGGGAAUAAAGCUAUAUUGGA